AAAUAUUAGAGCUGGCGAAGGGUGAGAGCAGGCUAGGCUGAAGUCGCGUUACACGAUUGCCCGAAGGGCGAACCAAGCGUGGAAAGCACGCAGUCCUUCUUCCCCUCCUCCCAAUCCCCUCCUUCACUGUCCUACUUCACCCAGUCUAGCAGCAAAUGUAGAUGAACACAGUGUGCCUUUCCUUCUCACCUCAGAAUGGCGGAGAGAGAAGCGCUAGAACCAUUGCUAGAGAAUGAGGAUGCCAGGCGACAGCGCCAGAAACAGCAACAGGAGCCGAAUAGCACGCCUGGCAGAAAGAAGUCACGCCGUGUGGGCAUCGUUGAGCCUUUACCUGUGUCCAGAUCAUCUGAUGUCAAUUUUCAGCCAGAGGGCGCCGAUCAGCCACCAAAUCUUUCACCACCUUUGAGUCCAAGUAGUGCGGAUAAGCCAUUUCGAAGAUCCAUAUCCGUGUAUGUAGCUGGUGAUCGCCAGGAAGAGGAACGACAGAGGUUGAUGGCUGGUGUGAAGUCCGUUGAUAUCUACACAAGACGCUGGUACAUUUUAGCAAUGGCGGCCUUGCUGGCUAUGCUGGAAGGGUGCAUCUGGAACACGUGGGGUCCCAUAGCCGCUCCCGCGCAGUUAGUUUUCCAAUGGAGUGAAGCCGACAUUGCCCUGUUGGCUAACUGGGGCUGCAUCGCAUACUGCGUGACUGCAUUCCCACUGUCCUGGGUCAUGGAUGCAAAAGGACUGCGGCCAGCUGUGGUCAUCGCAGCUCUGUUUAUCACUGCCGGAGCUGGACUCAGAUGUGUUAGUAUGGAUCAUCCCGAAGCUAAUUGGUACAUAAAUGCAGGACACAUCCUCAAUGGCCUGUCAUCUCCUGUUACCUUCGGUGCUCCUCCCUUGGUGUCAGCCAUUUGGUUUGCUCCUGAACAGCGUACGCUAGCAACGUCCAUUGGUACAAUAGCAAGCUACACUGGUAUAGCACUGUCGUUUGUCAUCGGCCCUGUUGUUGUUCCCGAGCAGAACACCAACACCACUACUGGACAGAACGGGUCUAACUCAAGCUUCCAUGAUUUGAACGACUACUCCUUUGAUUACUUGGAUGCAAACAGCAAUGGCACUAGUCAGUAUCUUGAGGACACCAAACGUCGCAUCCAAUGGCUGCUACGGGGAGAGGCCAUCGUUGCAGGGACGUUACUGAUUCUUGUUGUGUUAUACUUCCCAUCAAAGCCGCCUUUGCCACCGUCACUUUCCAGCAGUGGUAGUCGACUGGAGUUUGUGGCCGGCCUCAAACGACUACUGACGAAGAAAGUAUUUUGGGUGAUCACACUGAUCUAUGGCCUGACCAGCGGUAUCUACAGUGGCUGGUCAGCUGUACUCAAUCUCAUUCUGGCACAUUUUGGUAUCAGUCAGUCGCACGCUGGGUGGAUUGGAUUCUUUAGCACUGUGGCUGGUGCUGUGGGUGGCAUGCUUGUAGCAGGGAUUGCUGACCGGUUUGGCGGGAAGUUGCGACAGAUUCUUAUUGUGCUGUUCAUGGCCUCAACGGUAUUUUUCAGCUGGUUUGCGGUAACCGGCAUUGACAAAGUGUCCAUCUUUGAGAGUGAUAUGCUCAAGAAAGUGUCAUUCUACAUGAGCUCCAUCAUAGGCGGUUUCUUCAUCAACAGCACAAUACCACUCUUUUUCGAAAUGGCCGUCGAAGCUGCCUUUCCGAUUUCUGAAGGAAUUGCUGCCGUCAUCAUCAUGCUUUCAAACAAUAUCUUCUCCAUCGUGCUAUUGUUUGCACUGCAGAUUCAUGGCAUAGGGAUCUCGUGGACAACGUGGUCGCUAGUUGGUUCAUGUGCGUUGUCAAUACCUAUCCUGGCUGUGCUCAAGGAUCGCUACGUACGCUCUUCUCUGGACGCAGCAGCCACGGCGGCGGCGGUAUCAGUGCAAGCACGCUCUCCCAAGCCAUCUGAUGCAGGCGGCCGUCAGCCUCGAUCAUCGCGUGAUGAGAGUGCUACACUGCGCAGGUCCAUGACAAUGGCAGCGGGAAGUUUGCGGAGAGACAGGAUCCCCUCGUAGUACAGACAUGUGCAUCCCGCUCUUUAGUACACCAUGCAUGGUAUACAUACAUGAGUGCUUUAGUACACCAUGCAUGGUAUACAUACAUGAGUGCAGCUGCUCUUUAGUACACCAUGCAUGGUAUACAUACAUGAGUGCAGCUGCUCUUUAGUACACCAUGCAUGGUAUACAUACAUGAGUGCAGCUGCUCUUUAGUACACCAUGCAUGGUAUACAUACAUGAGUGCGGCUGCUCACGCCAGACUGGUAGGAGAUGCAAACCGUGAUGAAGUACAGUGGCUCUUGAAUAACAGGUCAGAUAAGAGCGCUGGUUGAGUGCAUGCACACCCAGCCAAACACCACCGUUCUGCCUGGUGUACAACGUAAGCUGCACAAACUGUCUGAUGCUCUGAUCAACGGCCAAGUAUAGCUGGUGUUGCUUGUCAGACACGCCACCACUACACAAGCAAUUCUGGCAGUCGAACAAAAGAGCUGUGCAGUGCUCAAUCUUCCACAUAGCAUGCAUAAGCGUGACCCAAUCAAAUCCACAAAUCAGCCCUGAGCGAGUACUGCAUUAUGGUAUUAGCUAGAGUCCAAAAGUGGGGCAACGGACUCUUGCUUUAUGUAACUGCAAGCCCAGUGCCUGACAGCAAAACCUCUUAAUUAAUUAUGUUCAGUACGUGCAGGGGUAAUGUGUAGGCAAAUCUGUUUAAUAAUUCUAAUAUCAGCCCUUGACUCUCGGCCAAACGAAGCAACCGCACUCAUAUCCAUUAUCAUAAUUAUUUCCAACAAUUUGGAGUAAUAUUGUUCUGUUUCGGAAUGCUGCUGUGUCCAUUAUUAUUCUAUACACUUGUGAGCAAAACCCUGCUUUAGCAUUCUUUCUUAUGAUUUGAAGUUUUUAACCAUCGCCAAGACAACGCGUCCAUUUCACCACAUAUAGCACCUCAUGGGUUGACUGUACAUCAUGACAUCCACUAAAUCCA